AUGGAUAAUAAGGAUAGUAUACUGUCUAAUAAAGGCACAAGCGAAUCUCCUAUAAGUUGCUUGACCAAUAAUACUGCUAUUACAAGUUCAGUAGAUACUAACCAAAUAAAAGUAAUGAAUAAAAGAGGAGGUUCAAGGAGAAGAAGUUGGGUAUGGGAUCAUUUUAAGUUAUUACCUACUAUAUGUGGAACUAAAGGCCAAUGUGAUGAACUAAAAAAUGAUGGAACAAAAUGUAAUCACAUUAUUAAAACAGAUGGAGACACAGAAAUUUUAGCUACCAUUUUCAAAGUGCAUAUGGAAUUACAAAACUUGGUUGAUUAG